AUGAGCAAGUCGGUUCCUCCCUUUUUACCAGAGCUUGUUCCCCCGAAUGCCACUGCUGACAAGCCUGUAGGGUGCUGGCCGCUGAUCUGGGGACGCCAGUCUACGCUGUCGUAUGUUAUCGAUCUUGACCUCCUUUUUAACGAGCCAUUGAGCGCCCUUUACUCUGACCAUAAGAAGGAUCUCCGUAACCAUGGAGACUCCCUCCAUCAUCCAAAGCAUGACUACACCGAGCUCGCCCUUGACGUGGAGUACUUCAUUCACCAGCACAGCCUGCAGGAUCCCAUUCUCAUCGGCCACUCCAUGGGCAUGAGACAUAUCCAGUCCCAGGCUGCUCCAGUCUCCUCCUUGUCCGAGGCCGAUGCGCUCCUCUCACAAUUUGAACCAGACCCUGCCAUCCGUCUCUUUCUUCUCACUAAUCUAACAAGGAAAUCAGGCAAGGACCAUUUGCACUUCCGCGUACCACUAGACAUACUCUCGUCAUCGUUGGAUGCUCUCGGGGAUUUCCCGUAUACUGACCCUCGGAAAACCCGGUUUGAGAAGCCAGCCUUGAUCGUCAGGGCAACAAGGAGCCAUUACCUGCCGGAUCACUCCAAGGAGCUUAUGCAAACGUUCUUCCCGAACUUAAAAAUGGUAGACUUCGAUUGUGGGCACUGGGUCAUCACUGAGAAGCCACAUGAAUUUAGACAGAAGCUUCAAGAGCUUGAUACUAACGAACGUGGUGGUCCCUUUUCAGCUGCCGUCGACUUCUUACGAGACACUGUAUUGUCUACAUCCUAA